UCUCCGAGUUUUUUCGCGAAGUCCGAGAAGUGAAAAAAAAAAAUCAAUCAUUCAAAGUUCAAUAUAACCGUUGUGAUCUGUAAAGGAGAAGAAGUGCUGGGACCUGAGAAAAAUAUCAACUUCAAUCAAUGAAAAUCGACCCAAGCGGGUUCAUCAACCCAAGUGUUUUGAUAAAAAUUCACAAACCUGCGGAAAAAUGACUGCUAUCAACACUCGACGUGAUAUAUCUACACCAAUCACCAAAGGUCUCAAACUCGCGGGUCAAUAGUCUUGCAGGAAGACAUUUUGUGUUCCCUAUUUGACAUCAAAGUUAAGGGUUAGUGCCAUCAACGCUUAGUCACUUUUUUGAGAGAAUUGCACCUCCUCCCCCCUUACACACAUACACUCUCAGCCUUCCUAGAUAUUUAAGCGGACGGUAUGCCUUUUUGGAAGUACAACCGACUACGGAGGAGUUAAUGUCGUCGAGGGAGGGAAAAAAGAUCAAUUUAUCAGUAGUUCUACUUAGCCGUUGGGAUCUGUAACACACGGUAUCUGUCGUGGUCUUGAUGUUAAGGUGUUCGAUUCUCAUUCAAUAGGUCCCGGGUUCGAAUCCAGAUAGCGACAACCCCAACCCUGGUUUGGGUUUGGGAGGGGGGGGGGGUGAUUUCUUCUCUAGAUUUUUCUUCUUUCUCAUCCCUUCCUGCUUUGUAACAUUGUGGUGGCAGUUAAGUGAUGAUGAUGAUGGUGGUGGUGGUGGUGGUGGUGGUGGUGGUGGUGGUGGUGGUGGUGCUGCUGCUGCUGCUGCUGCUGCUGCUGCUGCUGCUGAGAUGGUGUAUCCCACACAGCUAGGAUCGUCACUGACACGUGACAGACAGGAUCGAAGCAGUCCGCCUCCUUAAUCAUCUAGAAUUGAGUCAAUGGGACACACAGAAACGAAAAGACAGAUUACUUACAGCCCCCCCGCCCUCCCCAAAUCCGCCAUCCACACUUUAGAAGUUCAAGCGUUCAGGCGUUCACAAACUCUCAGAUGUCAUAUAUCCGAUUCUAUAAUUUUCUAUAAAUAUCCGCGCUUCUUGUUCAGUUUGCCGCUAUUGAGGACAGUUAUAAGUAUGUCAAGGUAAUGAUAUGUGCAGGCGGUGGGAAAUCUUUUUCACGUAACGUUGGUGUGUAAUGUGUGGCACACACACACACACACACACACACACACAAGCAUACCGCUGCUAUUGGGAAACCCGUGUGUUGUUUUCAAAUGCUAGAUUUAGGUUUCAUAACGAGGCAUUAGGAAACCCUGUUUGCAAGAUUCAGAUCUAGAAUCUAGAUUUAGUUCUACAUGUAGAUCAAGUUCGACAUAGCAAGGAAUGUAACAGCGUGUUGCAGCAUACAGGGGAGCACCCAAAACAAGAAAUAGCUGCCUUUGAUGGUGGAAAAGACGCCGAUAGCGGACCAAACUCACAAGUAAUAAGAAAUGGCAUCGUUUGUAAACGCAGAAGUUCUGGAAAGAGCUCGCAAGAAGCUGGAACUAAUCGAGUCCACUCUAUUCGACGGUAUUCGAUUUGCUUAUUUCGACGGCCUUGUGAAAGACGUGGACGAGACAAUGCGUCAUAUCUCCAAAGCGAAACUACGUGAAAGCGAUGUUUUAUCUUGCGGCUACAUGCGAUCUGGAAACCACUGGAUCUUUGAGAUCGUAUCGAUGAUCCUGACUCAAAACGUGCAAUUCUCAAAAGAGCUCCUUGAAAAUUCUUUCCUGGAAUUCUUGAACGACAAAGUGGACCAACUAUUAGAAGCCCUUCCGGAACCUAAAAUCAUAACGAGUCACCUUCGGCCGAAUUACCUGCCCACGGAGGUAGUGGCAAAGCAAGUGAAGGUUGUGUACAUCUUGAGAAACCCCAAGGACACGCUGGUUUCGUGGUAUGAGAUGUCCACCAAGUACGAACAGGACAACGUGCGCUUUCAGGGAACUUGGGAGGAGUUCCUGGAAUUACAGCUGGCCGGCGAGUAUCUGUGGGGUUCGUGGUUCGAUCACGUCCUGGCCUGGGAGAAGUUCAUGUCCGACAACCCUGAGGUGCCCGUGUUUGUGGCGCAGUACGAGAAGCUGAAGGAACAGCCUGCUGACGUCAUCAGGGACCUCUGUCGUUUUCUGGGUCAACCGGACACCCUGGCCGAGCAGAUAGCCACGGCAACGUCCUUUGACAACAUGAAGGCUGGGACUGAGGAGAAAGCCAAAACUGGUCCAGAGAAGUUUAUUGGGGAGGACGCGCACGUUGUAGUGAGGGGGUUGGUCAAAUCUUGGAAGACCCGGUUCACUGUAGAACAGAGUGAAAGAUUUAACAAAGCUUUUGAAGAGAAAAUGGCUGGAAGUGAGCUUGGAGAUCGCCUCAGAAAAUAUAUCUAUUGAAAAUUUGGGAAUAUAGAAACUUUAAGUCUUAGCUAUAAAUUUAAAAAGCUUUUGUAUCUUCUUUUUAAAGUACGAGGCAUACAUGGACAAGCUGCUACCUUAGAAUUACAAAAUUCUAUUUGACAUUUUUGUCCGUUUUGAGUUACAAAAAUCAUGAGUUCAUAAAGCAAAAUUAAAUGUUCUAUCUGCUCUCUCAAAAUGGCAAGAUUAUACAAUCUUAAUAUUUAUUCGGAAAAGUUAACAAGAUAUGCAAAGAAAUGCAUUCGAAAAAGCUCGACACGUUUUUGUUUUCGUCAAAUUUCUCAAAACCUAGCUACUGAGCAGAGAGAACUUUGUUAUUCUAGUUAAGGUAGCGUAAUAAAUUCAAUUGUCUGUAUGCACCAUAGAGUUAUCUCCUUUGUAGACUAGUGUACUUCUAUGGUGUGCACUGGGUGUAUGUUGUCAGCCUACAGGAGACCGAGUGCGUGUGUGUCUGGCAGUAGAGUCAAUGUGGCAGUAAGGAAGCUAGGGUGUAGUUGGUGAA